GACCUAGUAGGCCAUCUCGUUGCCCACUCUCAAGGUAUAGGUAGGGCUUGGUCCCUUCCUCUUGCAAAACCCCUAAGUAAGGUUACUUCCGUUAGUAGAGCACAAACUCCGAAGUCUGAUCCUAAAUCCAGAGACGAUCUUACCUUGAAAUGUGAGCUCUUUAUUGUCAUG